AGCUUCUUUGAGCUGAUGAGGCACUAAUAAUGGACACUCAGAAAGACAUUCAGCCCCCAAAGCAGCAGCCAAUGAUAUAUAUUUGUGGAGAGUGUCACACCGAAAAUGAAAUAAAGUCCAAGGAUCCAAUCAGAUGCAGAGAAUGUGGAUACAGAAUAAUGUACAAGAAGAGGACUAAAAGAUUGGUGGUCUUUGAUGCUCGAUAAAAAGUGGGAAUUCAGGAGUGUUUUCAUUCAUACAUGUGCCCCACUGGUGUUUCUCUUACGGAUUUUGACUUAGCUUAUUUAUGACUACAACUGUAAACCUAUGGUUUCAUUUUAGAAAUGUGAUUGUAUUUUGAUACUUUGUAUA